CUUUGCGUUUCGUUGUUAGCAGAACGUCCGUGGAAAGUGUCUCUACGUCGUAUAGGUUGUUUGUCAAAUUGGUAAAUAUCUGGGCUAACAAUGUGUUAUUAGGAAGUACAGAAAUAAGAACUGUUUAUUAUGGCAGCUGUACCAUCUACUGCUGGAUCUGUUGAAGAACCAAUAGGCCCUACUGAGAUUAUUGUACCGAAAUCUGUCACCGCUGAACAAUUACAUACUCCAGCAACAGGAGAGGAAGAACCUAAUGAAGAGACACCUAAAAUAGUUGAAAUACGACCUAAAGUGACCAAUGAGAGUAGACAUUCAAUUGGUUCUUAUAAUGCCCCUAACAGAGAAAAAAUUGCUGGUGCAUCAGGUAGUGUGGGCAUCGGUGGUGGGCGAAGUAAUCGGCCUAGUCAGAGCGAAAAUACUUUAGCAAAAUCACAAUCAGAAAUUCAAGUAGGUGCAACAAACUCAUUGUCUGUAAGUCAAACUAGUAAAAAUAGCCUGAUGACAUUUUCAAGCUCUGGUACAUUUUAUGACCAUACAAAAAAGAAAGUUGAUGUUAGAAUUCCACCAAAACCUGUGCAGUCAACAAAUGGGAAAG